UCCCUCUGAAAAAAAACAUCAAAACCCAUCUUUUUUUUUUUUCUUUUCCUCUCAAAGAUUCCAACCACCAAAAUGAUCACCAUCUUCCUCCUCCUCAUCACCAUCUUCCUCUUCCUCAGAUUUAGAACAACAUCCUCCUCGGCCGCCACCGCGAAAAACCUUCCUCCGGGGCCACUUGGGGUCCCAUUUAUAGGGCAAAGCCUGAGCCUUCUUCGAGCCAUGAGAACAAACUCAGCAGAGCAAUGGCUGCAGAAGAGAGUGGCUAAGUACGGUCCAGUUUCGAAGAUGACCCUUUUCGGGAAGCCGACGGUGUUUGUACAUGGGGCGGCGGCGAACAAGGCGGUGGUGUUUUUGGGGGAGGAGGGAACGGUGUCGAACCGGCAGAUCGAGUCGUUGAAGUGGAUUUUGGGAGAGAGGAAUUUGACAGAGCUGAGUGGUGAGGAUCACAAGAGAGUUAGAGGGGCGCUGGUUUGGUUCUUGAGGCCUCAGACCUUGAAAAGCUAUGUGGGGAAAAUGGAUGGGGAAGUUAGGAAGCAUCUCAACAUGUAUUGGCAUGGCAAAAAGGAAGUCACUGUGGCACCAUUGAUGAAAACUCUGACCUUUGACAUCAUAUGCUCUCUUCUCUUUGGCAUUGAAGAAGGACCAACAAGAAAGAGCAUAAUACAAUGCUUCAAAACAAUGGUUGAUGGCAUUUGGUCAGUUCCAAUCAACCUCCCAUUCACAAGGUAUAACCACAGCCUUAAAGCAAGUGCUAAAGCUCAACAGAUAUUGAAGCAACUUUUGAAAGACAAAGCACAAAAAAUGGAAGAAGAAGAAGAAGAAGAAAAAGAAGAUGAUAAAGACCUAAUUACUUAUUUGCUUAGCAUCAAGAACAAAGACAAAGAACAAGCUUUGAGUGAGGAGGAAAUUGUGCACAAUACCAUCCUUCUAAUGAUUGCUGGACAUGACACCACAUCAAUUUUGCUUACUCUUAUGCUUAGGGUUUUGGCUACUAACCCAACUGUUUAUGCAGCUGUUCUUCAAGAGCAUGAAGAAAUAGCUAGAAGCAAAGAAAGUGGGGAGGCACUCACUUGGGAAGAUGUCUCCAAGAUGAAGUACACAUGGAGAGUAGCAAUGGAAACCUUGAGAAUUUACCCACCUGUUUUUGGAGGCUUUAGAGUGGCCCUUAAAGACAUUCAAUUAGGUGGAUACACAAUUCCAAAAGGAUGGCAAAUAUUUUGGGCAGCACCAAUGACCCAUUUGGAUGAGACAAUAUUUGGAGAGCCACAAAAGUUUGAACCAAGUAGAUUUGAUCAAAACCAAACACCAAUUCCACCAUUUUGUUUCAUUGCUUUUGGUGGAGGACCCAGAAUUUGCCCUGGCUCUGAAUUUGCAAAGCUUGAAACUCUUGUCACCAUUCAUUACCUAAUCACUCAAUUCACUUGGAAGCUCUCUUGUUCACAAGAUUUCUUGACUAGAGAUCCAACUUUGAUGCCCAACAAAGGCCUCCCCAUCCAAAUUUCUCCCAAAUAAUUAUAAAACUUCAUACUAAUGAUCAUAUAUAUAUAUAUAUAUAUGUGGUAACAACUUUCAUUGUAAAUGGACAUUUCUUAUACAUUCUCUCAUGCUAUAAACUUGAGCACAAAUCCAAUACUUAUGUGGGUGACCUA